CCGGAAUCUCCCCUACUACAAGUGAAGGUCGUUACAUAGCCUCAUGUAAACUCUUAAUAAUUGACGAAGUCUCCAUGGUGACAAAUCUUAUUUUUAACAUAAUCGAAAGGGCACUACGAGACAUCUGCAGCGAUAACAGACCCUUCGGCAAUAAAGUGACAUUAUUAGGCGGAGAUUUCCGACAAACCCUACCGGUAGUCGUUGGCGGAAAUAGAUGUACAAUAGUAAACGCCUGUAUAAAAAGUAGCCGACACUGGCCUCUAUUUACAAAUUACGACUUGCAAACAAACGUAAGGGCUAUUCAGAAUCACGAGUUUGCUACAUGGCUCCUGAAUUUAGGUAACGGAACUUUACAGCCUCUACGACGAACAAUAUAUGGUAAUAUUGUACAAAUACCCACAAACUGUUACGUUACCAGUGUCCCAGAUCUUAUCGAGUUCUGCUUUGAUGACAUGGAUCCAACAGUGGCCAUAAGUAGGGCCAUUUUAGUUCCAACAAAUAAUAUUAGCCAUUCCAUUAAUAAAAAAGUUUUGCAAAAAUUAGAGGGCCUGAGCAAAACUUACUGUAGCGCUGACUGUGUGGAUACAACGGAUGACCCGGCAGCCGAAGUGGCAAAUUACACUGUCGAAUUUCUAAAUUCAUUAACUCCCAGUGGACUUCCGCCACACAAAUUGGUCUUAAAAGAAGGCGCCGUAAUAAUGCUUUUACGCAAUUUAAACCUAAAAAAAGGUUUGUGCAAUGGUACUAGAUUAAUUGUUCGUUUAUUGGGAAACCAGUACAUAGACGCUGAAAAAACCGACAGUAGUGGCAGACCUACUGGAGAACGAGUUUUUAUUCCCCGUAUAGACCUCAAAACAGGAGGUGACACGUUACCAUUUAAAUUAAAAAGAAGGCAAUUUCCCGUUCAGUUAGCUUAUACCAUGACGAUUCAUAAAUCGCAGGGACAGACCUUCAACCGAGUGGGUAUCUAUCUGGAGGAACCCGUAUUUACUCACGGACAACUCUAUGUAGCUUUUUCGAGAGCUAAAAACAUAGAAGACGUUAAAAUUUAUAUGUUACAACGUCCAGAACAAGACCUCUUGGAUGCACAGGACUAUAAGAAUUGCAGUCUUCUUUCACAAUUUUGAUAAUAUCGCCACAUAUAAAAAUCUACAAAGCAUUCUUACAUCUAACACCACCACAAAUAUUUAAAAUUGAAAUUACACAUCGUCUGCAAACUAAAACACAUUGGAUAAGAAAUUACAACAUCUACAGUUUUAGAAGAAAUUAAAAUCUGACCUAUAUGCAAAAAUAUACUGAUAUAGACCAUACCUCAAGAAAAAAGAAUUUUACUAAUAUCCGUAACACAUCAAUGAAGAUAUAAACUACUUUUACCAUAACAUAUCGGAAAAACAGUGAACUCCAAUGCUUCGAUGUAAAUAUACAUCCUACAUACAUAUGGAGAAAUCGCAGAAACAAGAAUUCAUAGUACAAGAUCAGUUGCAACAAAACCUUAGUGGAAAUAUCGCUGAAUAUACCGUCAAUGAAGAAGAACAAAACUAAAGGGAUUAAUACCACCAGUUACAAAAACCAAUAGGGAACAUCUCCAAAGACCACCAUUGUUUGAAGUGCGAUUCCCUUCAUAACGAUCUUCAAUCAACAACAAGAACAGAAACAGACAUCCCAAUAAGCCUACAAUUAUCAUAUCAAGUCCACCCCACAGAGCCUAACCCAACAACAAGGGCAAGUUAAAGGUUCUUAGCUAUGACUAAAGAAGUGCAAUGUAAAUCUUUCAGUCACAAGAAAACUUUGGCAAACACACCACUGAACAAUCCAUCAAUGAAGAACGAAUCAUUUGAAAAAAUUCGAUACUAUCAGUUACAAAACCAACAGCAGGAACCAAAAAUGACCAUCAUGGUAAAACUAGAGUUUUAAUAAGCCCAUCUCCACAGAGCCUAGCCUAAAAAUAACAAAGGCAGGUCAAAGAUUCCUAGCUAUGGCUAAGGAAGUGCAAUGUAAAUCUGUAACUGGUGGCCGUCAAAUACAUAAAUUGAAGCAUAACCUGAAAAACCAAGGUACAAACACAAUUAUCACUUAGCUCGGAGCAACAAAUCCUUUAGACAUCACUGAAUAUGCCGUCAACGAAGAAGAACCAAUCAUUGGAAAGGCUGGAUACCACCAGUUACAAAGGCCAUUAUGGAAUACCUGAGAUCACCACUAUUUGAAGAGCAGUUCCAUUUAUAACAAUCUUAAAACCAACAACCAGAAUGCAAUUGAACAUCACAGCAAACCUAGAGUUUUAAUAACAAAUCCGCCUCCACAGAGCCUAGCCCGAAAAUAAUAAGGGCAGGUCAAUGGUUCCUAGCUACAGCUAAGGAAGUGCAAUAUAAAUCUGUAACUGGUGGCCGUCAAAUAUAUAAAUUGAAGCAUAAUCUGAAAAACCAAGACAUCACUGAAUAUACCGUCAAUGAAGAAGAACCAAUCAUUUGAAAAGGCUGGAUACCACCAGUUACUAAGACCAUUAUGGAAUACCUGAGAUCAUCACUAUUUGAAGAGCAGUUCCAUUUAUAACGAUCUUAAAACCAACAACAAGAACCGAAAUGAACAUCACGGCAAACCUAGAGUUUUAAUAGCAAGUCCACCACCACAGAGCCUAGCCCGAAAAUAACAAAGGCAGGUCAAUGGUUCCUAGCUACAGCUAAGGAAGUGCAAUGUAAAUCUGUAACUGGUAGCCAUUAAAUACAUAAAUUAAAGUAUAACAACCUGAAAAAACAUUUUUUUCCACAAAUAACAUAUUCAAACAAAUAUUCAUUUAUUCUUAUGUUAAAUUUUAUAUAUCGUAGAUUGAAAACCGUUAAGUUUUGAAUAAUAUUCUAUUUAAAAAAUUAUACUGAACCAUUUUAAAUAUAUAAAAAUCUUCCUUUUAUUUUCUCUUAAAUUAAAAAAACCUUAAAUAUAAAUUGCUCAGUUAUCCCUUACAGGUAUUUAAUAAAAAUUA